CCCAAGUCCCUACCGAGGGCUUCUCCGUUGGUUCGCGUACGAUGCAAGUCCACCACUCCUAGACUUGCCAAGGCCGUCCAAAGCCUCUCGUCCUCUCUCAGGAAACGGCUAGUUGAUGACCGACACCUUGAGGCACUGGACUACUUCUAUCUCUUCAUGAAGAAAAGGAAAUUAAGCCCCGAGGGACGCUUCGAGGCGUAUUGGCGGAGCAUCCGACUCUUCAUGGUUCACGGCCAGCUUCGCGCCGCGUACAGCUUGUACAGCCGGAUGCAGGACGAAGGUUACAUACCGCCCCAGCAGAUUCAGGCCAGCAUGGUCGUUCUCUACAAGCUUUCGACCGGAAACUCAACCUGGUCUCUGACUGGAGCGGCGGAGAAGGCCUUUGCUCAGGAGUCGUUUGAUGAGGAAGAGUUUCGAUAUCUGUUGCGCAUCAUCUCCUCUGUGACGCGACUUCCGCCGGCUGUGUACGACGACCUCAUCCAGCUCUUCAUCAAGUCCCGUGGAAAGGAGAAUUACACGCUGUCAUCCAAGACCGAGUCACUGCUAGCGUAUAUACGUACUCGACGUGAGCGGAUGGGGGAGGUACGGGAGACCAACUUUCCCGCGGAAGAGGGGCCUCUUGCAGACCGCACGACGGCGCACGAACAGGAGCUCAAAAUGCUCCUCAACAUGGCCAAGAAAGACCCUGAGAUCGCACCUAUCAUCCACUCGACCAUUCGCAGGAUGCGCCACAACGACGAAGCGCACGGCCGCACUCUCUACAACAUCAUGAUGUCUGCUCUGGCGGACAGGCGGCGAUACGCCGACGUCUUCUCCGUGUACAACAUGAUGAUCCGUGGUGACAAGUCUAUCCUUCCCAACGCAUACACGUUCGGCAUCCUCUUCCGCCUCGCCAGCCGCUUUUCUGGGCCGCGCACGAUCCACAGCCGCAAGACCAAGGCGCCCAAGGACGUCCCCACCAUGCGCGCCCUCUUCCGCGACAUGGUCUACUGCCACCGGAUCCAGACGGGCAAAGACGUGACGUCUCGGACUCCAGCGAUCAACGGCUCGCUUAUGAACAAGAUCCUGCGGACAUUCAUCGAGGCUGGGGACUUCGCCGCCGCGUACGUCGCCCUACGAAGCUACGCCGUCUUCAAGAUCCCCGUCUUGCUCGCGACGUACCGUGCCGUCAUCGGCGCCAUCAUGCAGCGCCUGCGGCACGAGCACCCGUACGUGCACCUGUGGAACGACCCCGGCCGGUUCUGGUCCUACCGCUUCCUGGGCUCGCCGCCCACGGUCCCAGAGGAGAUCAACGUCGGCGUCAUGGACGGCGUGCUCAAGUUCGGCACCAAGGCCGCCCUCCAGCUCGACCCCAUCGAGCUCUACAGCGACGUGUACCUGCAGUACAUCGCCGACGCCGUGAGCCACUACGUCGCCACCAAGGACGACCGCGACAUCCCCGAGCUCACGUACAGGAAGGUCUGGAACGCGCGGCGCAAGCACCCCUCCUACCGCAUGCCCACCGCCGUGUCCCUCCUCGGCCUCGUGCACAGCCCCGUGGACGUGUGGAGCACCCAGCCGCUGCUGCGCAUCCUCAACCGCGCCAUCUUCGCCAGCCGCCCCAGCCGCUUCCUGCCCGACGCCAGGAUCGUGUCUGUGGAGAUCCGGAACGCGCGCACAGAGAUGCUGCCCGCGUUCGCACCGCCCUCGAAGGAAUCUCAGAAGGCCCGGCUGCUCAACAUGUAAAUACAAUAAACCAACCACCACCCAUUGUUUUCGCAUUCCACAAGACCGCGCGUUCCAAGCAUCAAGAGUCGUCCGAGUCGCCCUCCGUGCCGGGCGUCUUUCCUGCCUCCACCAGCGCGUCUCGGAGGGCGACGUCCAUCCCCGUGCGCCGCAUCUUGUACUUGCUCACGCGGAGCCGGCCUUGUCGCGUCAGCUCCUCGAACGUGCCGUCCGUCCUGCUGCACCCGCUGAACGCAGCGACCGCGUCGCGCACGUCAUCGGAAAACGCCGCCCACUCCUCGCACGACACCGCCUCGACCCCUGCGCCCGCGAACGUCCCGAGGUAGCACCACCACCCGUCCACGCGCGCGACGAGCGCGUUCGUGCGCCGCGUCAGCUUGGGGUACGACGCCUCCGUCCAGCUGCCCUUGCGCGACCGGCGGUCGUUCGGGCGCACGAUGGUGCACCCACCGGAUUGGUGCGCGUCGCCGUCGCCGCCGCCGUCCCAGACUGCGUCGGGUCCGACCUGGACGACGCUCGUCCUGCCCAGUUUCUCUUUGGCGGCGUUGAGACACCUCUUUGGACUCGCGUCGGCCGUGAACGGUACCGGGCCUUGCUCGUCAGACGCCGCUCCGUGGACGGCUGCCACUGCGGAGCUAGGCAGCACUGCGCCACGGCCGGCCGCAUUAAUGGCAGUGACGUUCGCACCACUUUGCUCCGAGAGCUGCCUUUCGAGCUCUGCAUUCUUGGCCU